UAGAAAGAAGAUGCCGUCGUGGAAUGAGAUUCUCUCUGUUCUGGUACUCGUCGGGAUUGGAUAUAUGAUCGGAUAUUUCGAACUGCUCAAGAUUGACGUGAUCAAAAAGAAGCAUCCGAAGGAGAGCAGCCACAGAAGCAAGAAGAAGGCGGGGAAAGGGAAAGGCGUGGAUAGUCGACAUUGAAAGAGGAAGAAAAAAGGAAGAAGGAUGAACAAUAACAAUCAUAAAGAAGAAACAACCAGAAGGAUUGAGAGAAAGGAUUGUAAAACCUAUUGUGAUUAUUAAAUUGGUUGUAAUAUUAAUUUGUAAAUAGAUAUAUGUUUUUCUAUGUGCUAAUAGUUGUAUAUUUAUUGUUGUAAAAUAUAAAAAGA